CUUUAAUCCGUGGGGGGCGGGGCCGAGGAAGUCCCGCGAGAUCGGCGGGGGGCGGGGGGCGGUGCCGAGGCUGAGGGGCCUGUGGCGGAUGGAGCCAGCGAUGGAGCCGGAGACUUUGGAGGCGCGAAUCAACAGAGCCACAAACCCCCUGAACAAGGAGCUGAACUGGGCCAGCAUCAACAGCUUCUGCGAGCAGCUCAACGAGGACUUUGAGGGGCCUCCACUUGCCACCCGGUUGCUGGCCCACAAGAUCCAAUCCCCGCAGGAAUGGGAGGCGAUCCAGGCCCUGACGGUGCUGGAAACCUGCAUGAAGAGCUGUGGCAAGAGGUUCCACGAUGAGGUGGGCAAGUUCCGCUUCCUGAAUGAGCUCAUCAAGGUCGUUUCUCCCAAGUACCUGGGUUCCCGGACGUCAGAGAAGGUGAAGAACAAGAUCUUAGAGCUGCUGUACAGCUGGACGGUCGGUCUGCCUGAGGAGGUGAAGAUCGCAGAGGCCUACCAGAUGCUGAAGAAGCAGGGCAUCGUGAAGGCUGACCCCAAGCUACCAGAGGAUGCCAUCUUUCCCCAGCCCCCUCCUCGGCCCAAGAAUGUGAUCUUUGAAGAUGAAGAGAAGUCCAAGAUGCUGGCACGCCUGCUGAAGAGCUCCCACCCCGAGGACCUCCGAGCGGCCAACAAGCUCAUCAAGGAGAUGGUGCAGGAGGACCAGAAGCGGAUGGAAAAGAUCUCAAAGCGGGUGAAUGCCAUCGAGGAGGUAAACAAUAACGUGAAGCUGCUGACGGAGAUGGUAACCACCUACAGCCAGGGCGGCGCAGCGGCUGGCAGCAGCGAGGACCUCAUGAAGGAGCUGUACCAGCGCUGUGAGCGGAUGCGACCCACGCUGUUUCGACUGGCCAGCGACACGGAGGACAAUGACGAAGCCUUAGCGGAGAUCCUGCAGGCCAAUGACAACCUCACCCAGGUGAUCAAUCUGUAUAAGCAACUGGUUCGGGGCGAGGAGGUCAACGGCGACGCCGCAGCGGGCUCCAUCCCUGGGAGCACCUCAGCCCUGCUGGACCUUUCAGGCCUGGACCUCCCUCCUACUGGCACUGCCUACCCAGCCAUGCCCACCCGCCCUGGUGACCAAGCCAGUCCUGAUCGGCCCAGUGCCUCAGUUUCCCUGCUUGACGACGAGCUCAUGUCUCUGGGCCUGAGCGACCCCACACCCCCUGCAGGCCCCAGUUUGGAUGGGGCUGGAUGGAACAGUUUCCAGUCCUCGGAAGGCACUGAGCCCCCAGUCCCUGCUCUGGCUCAGGCACCCAGCACAGAUAGCCAACCAGCAGCACAGACGCCCCUGCCCACGAGCAGUGGCCUGGCCGACCUGGACCUCCUGGGAAAGACCCUACUGCAGCAGUCGUUGCCCCCCGAGAACCAGCAAGUGCGGUGGGAGAAGCAGCAGCCCGCCCCCCGGCUCACACUCCGAGACCUGCAGAACAAGAGCACCUGCGGCUCACCCAGCUCAGGUCCAGCCAGCCUCCUCCACACUGGGUCCCCAGAGCUGCCGGGGCCACUGCAGCAGCCGGCACCCACCGAGCUGUCCCUCGCCAAUGUCACUGUGCCCCUGGAGUCCAUCAAACCCAGCAGCAUCUUGCCCGUGACUGUGUAUGACCAGCACGGCUUCCGAGUCCUCUUCCACUUCGCCCGAGACCCGCUGCCAGGGCGCUCGGAUGUGCUGGUGGUGGUGGUUUCCAUGCUGAGCACCGCCCCACAGCCCAUCCGCAACAUCGUUUUUCAGUCAGCUGUCCCCAAGGUCAUGAAGGUGAAGCUCCAGCCACCAUCAGGCACAGAGCUGCCAGCAUUCAACCCCAUCGUCCACCCCUCGGCCAUCACCCAGGUCCUGCUCCUCGCCAACCCCCAGAAGGAAAAGGUUCGCCUCCGCUACAAGCUCAUCUUCACCAUGGGCGAGCAGACCUACAAUGAGAUGGGGGACGUGGACCAGUUCCCCCCACCGGAAACCUGGGGGAGCCUCUAGAACACAGGAGCUGGGGGAGGAGGGGACAGAGGCACCACUCCUUGUCCAGCCUGGGCCGAGGCCUUGGUGUUCUAGGACACUCUCUGUUCCCCAGGGCCACGUACCCCUGGCCUGGUGCUUCUCCCCUCACUGCUGGGGCAGCCAAGUGACUCCUGCCCCCCAAGCUCUGCUCCCGGAUGCUGAGCCAAACCCAGCAGGAGACUGGGUUUGCACAGCUGGGUGUCCGGAGCAGGGGAGCUUCAGGCUGGGAAGGACUUGGGGUCCAGAGGAGGACACACAACCUGCCGCCAGGCCCAGCCCUGUCCUGGCCUGGGGUGGGUCUUCCCCACCUGUCUUAUGCCUUAUGGGAAGGCCCAACCAUAGGCCGAGCUGGAGCUGGGGACCAGCAGGCCUCCUCCAUAGGAACCCAGAACUGUGGGGGCGGCGCCUGUGCCCCCAGCUCUUUGCACUCUGGUAUGUGGUUUGGCUCUCUGCUUUUCUUUGGGAGUGGCCCUGUGGCUACAUUCCUGGGGCCAUUUGGGGGAGCCCCACUCUUGGGGCCUCCCUUUUUGGUCAGCCUCCUAAGGGGCUAUGGAGCCCAAGGGUGGUGCCAGGGGCAGGUGGCCUCCAAGGGGCUGCCGAGCCCCUGGGUUUCUCAGUGUGUCGCCUUCACUCAUUGGCCUUCCUGGGGCCUCCUGUGGCCAUCGUCUCACCUCUGUCCAUCGCCUGUCCGUGGGCAGAAGUGGGGUCAGUAUGUAUGAGAGCAGGAGUAUUUAUGAAAAUAAACAUCCUUUUUCCUGGC